CUGCUGCCGUGACAACACGGAGGGAGGCGAGCCGAGCCGGAAGGCACAGCCCUGCCGGAGCGGCCCCUCUGGCCGCGGGGGGAAGUUUGGUCUCUGUGGUGGCCGCCGCUGCCGCCAAUGGGUGGAGGCGGUGGCCGCCAUGGCCCGGCAUGCAGCGCGGCCCCGCCUCACUUCCCGGCCUGGCCGCUAAGAUGGCGACUCCCAUGCACCGGCUGAUCGCGCGGAGACAGGCGGAGGCAAACAAGCAGCAUGUGAGAUGUCAAAAGUGUUUAGAGUUUGGACAUUGGACAUAUGAAUGUACAGGGAAGAGAAAAUACCUGCACAGACCUUCGAGGACAGCUCAAUUAGCGAAAAUUCUUAAAGAGAAAGAAAAGCAACUACUACUCCAACAAAGAUCCAGAAGCGUGACCAGCUCCAGCAGCAGCAGCAGUGCCAGUUCCGCUGGCGAUUCCUCCUCUGACAGCGACGACUCUUCUACCUCCUCCUCUGACGAUGACAGCGACAGUGACGAGAGCUCCUCUACCUCCUCGUCUUCUCCAUCCUCGAGCAGCACGUCCUCCUCUUCAGAGUUCGAGUCGGAUUCUAGUUCCUCCAGCAGCAGCAGCAGCAGCACAGAGAGUAGUUCUGAUGAUGAGCCACCCAGGAAAAAGAAGAAGAAAUAGCGUGGUACCGUCUGGAACUGGUGUUGAGUGAGUGGUAACGCUCUGCAAAGGUGUUUUGAGCACAUGGUUGCCUAGCAGUUUAACUGGUCAACAUUUCUACUGCUAAAACUUUCUAAAUGUUUUGCAUAGUUGUUCAUAGGACAUGAGAGGUAUUAAAUGGCACGUGAGACUUACUGAGAGAGUAUUUUUGUGAUUUAUCCUUUUAUGGAAAAUUUACUUUUUUAGUUCAAAAAUCUAUCAUCAGAUUCGUUUAUAUGAGCUGAGGUCCAGUAACCUGGAUGUUUACAUGCUGGAAAGCAAAAGCUUUUUAUUGCAGAUCAUAACAUGCAUCAUAUGCUGCUGCUCCCCUGCCGGCAGCUUGGCUUGCACAUAGGGAGCCCCGUGGAGCGGCAGCGCUGGCUGCGGAGCUGGCGCUGCCCGGCCCGGGGGCACCGCGUCAGUGUCGCCCUCAACAAACCUGCAGAGCUUUUUUCUGAUGGCUUUUCCUGAUGCUUCCAGGACCAGUCUUAACUGCAACAUAAAGCUUUAAGUAGUGCUCAUGUGUUAAUGAUCAGUAUCCCACGUGUGUGGUGCAGAGGCUUUAGGCUCUUGGACUCGCCCGUUCCUAGCUGCUGUCUGUGUGGUGUGUCCUGGAAGGGAGGAGCGGCGCGCAGGGCAAGAAUUGGGACUGAUGCUGCUUAGGAGGUUCAUCUUUGUGCCUUUUUUUGUAAAUUCAGUGUAUCCUAGUGAGAGAAGGGCUUGAGUGGGUGUUUUUCAACCUCCAUUAGAUUUCCAUACAGAAUACAGUCAGUAAAACCAGAGAAAUAGUAGUAACAAACAAAAAUGGGCGCUAUUUUCAAGGAGACAGGAAAAAAGGCUAUUUUAAUGGGAUGCUCAGUAAUAGACGGAGUCUCCUUUAAAUAGAGGUCCCAAAGGAAAGUGUUUCCCUCUUGAUAUUUUUGCAAAGAAUUGUUGCGUGAUGCAGCAUUAGCGAUCGUGGCGUGUGGCGCGCUGGCAUUACAGUCUGCAGCGUAACCAGUCCCUGAUCCGGGUGUAGUUGUGUACGUGUCCGUGAAAAUCCAACGUGGGAGAGGUCAGUGCAAAAAGCACCACAACAGAGGCAAAAUCCAAACAUGCUGCAGAACAAUUAUUGCUGGUUGCAAACGGAGAGUGAUUUGUUCUUUCGGUGGCUCAAAGCAGUUGGCAUUAAUUAGUGUUUGGAUCUGCGGUGCCGUCUCUUAAGCUCACAUCUGGAGGGCCCUGGUUUGCGGGACGGGGCAUCACCCGCGGGAGAAUUCUUAAACAUCUGGGCUUACGUAAAAUAUAGUAACUAAACUAUUUUUUAUAUUUUUAUGGAUAAAGUAGUGUCUAGAAUUACUUUUGAAUAAACUGUGCAUAUUUAAGUGUUUGAAAAUAUCUAUGUUGUGUGUUUUAGUCUGUAACCAUUACUGUUUUACAGAACACUCUGCAGACUGUAAAUAAAAUUACCAGAAAAUUGUUGAAUUCUUGAGUGAAUGUACCAUUUAAUGGGAAAAAUUAAUAAAUUAUUAAACACUAGUUGCUAA